GCGAGGAGUGAAGUUGUGUGAUUUGUUACACAUAUAUUUUGUCUUUUUAGUGUUUCUUCAAGUUUAAAUGUGUAUUAACGGUGGUUUAUUAACUGUUUAGCAUCUGUGAAAGUGCACAAAUGCGGGAAAAUGAAACAAAGCCGCUGAACGUAACUUCUCGGGAUCCUCCAAAAAGUCCACUGAAAAAGUCUCAGUAAAUGACCACGAUUUUACUGAGAUUAUACUUCAUCCCAUAUCAUCUCAUUUCAUUUCAUUUUUCAUUUUUCAUAUAAAAAAGUUAUCAUUAAAAUUAGACUUGACCUAAAGGUCUUAGUUACCAGGUCAUAAAAUCCCUUAAAAAAAAUUUUAAAAGUCUGUGGAAGUACAUACCUACAUCGUUGGUUGUACACAAUUAAUUAUUUAUAAAAAAAUAAAAAUAGAAAAAGUGAUUGGUGAAGUAAUAAAUUGAAAACACAAUGGCACAAUCUCAGUUCUCACUAACGUGGGAAAGCCAUAAAAGAAAUAUGUGUACCGGAUUAAGUAGCCUACAGCAGAAUUGCUAAAAAUAUUUCAGCUUAAAUUAAAAUUUAAUACAUAAUGGCAAAUUAGUGAACCAAAAGCAAAUGUUUAAAACAGUGACACCUCAACUAAACUUUGAUUUCAUGAGUCCUGAAUGUAUAAAAAUGAAUUAAAUGGAGAAAAUAAUAAUUUUAUUUAGUAUAAGUGAGUCUGUACUUAAACCAAAAGAACAAUGAAUUUGUCGACAUGACACUAGCAGCCGAAGGUCAUUUUGUGAAAGUGCACCAAGUCAUAAUCGCUCUGUCUAGUCCAUAUUUCAAGGAUCUCCUGGCUUCAGCACCGUGUCAACAUCCAGUUGUGUUUCUCAAUAAAGUAUCAUACACAACUUUAAGCUUGAUACUGGAGUACAUAUACACCGGAGAAGUGUACAUCAACGUUGAGAACCUAUUGGAGCUGAUUGAGGCAGCGAAAGAAUUGAAGAUAAAAGGACUUGAAGACAUGAAAUUACCCGAAAUUACAUCUGUUCAAGAGCCUGAUGUUGAGGACGAGAUGAGCACACAAGAACAUGAUUACAAUGAUGAAAAUUCACAAAUUGAGGCUUUAGAAGAGGGUACAUGUUACUUAGAGAUAUCAAAUUUGACCAUGGAUGAAAAACCUUAUAUAAUAGAUGAUGACAGUUAUUCAGUGGUAGAAUGCAAAGAACAGCUAUUACAACAUGUAACGGAUCACACGUACGAAGAGACGAUUAAACAGGAUCAAAACGCUGAUGAUACAAACGAAAAUGAAACUUUACCUAAUUCGGAUAAAAAUAUCACUACUCUAUUUAGUAACAAUGCAAAAGCUUCCGUGAUACAAUACACAGUGUCCAAUCAAGGCUCAUUACAGAUGAUAUUAAACAGAUACAUAUAUUAUUUGAAGCACACAAACAAGAAUAAGUCGCAACAGUGGCGGUGCAUAGACUAUUUGAACAGCAAGAAAUGUCCAGCUUAUGUCGUUAGCAAAGACGGUGUCAUUAUAUUAAGGAUUUCAGCUCACACACACGCCUUCCACGACAAAAGGAUUUUAAAGAAAGUUCGGUCGGGUGUUGUGUUCUCGGCGCUCGACGAAGCAGAGGAACGCGGUUUUGAUAUAAAGAAAAAUAAAAGCUAUGAUGGAAACAGCGAAUAAACAUAUAUAUUUUAA